AUGGCGUUGGAUGAGAUAGAAAAGAAAAUUGUUGAUCAUACUGAUAAGUAUGAGUUAACUUCCCAUGGAAUAUUACAAGAUAAAAAUUUUACUACUAAUGAAAAUGAAAAUGAAAGUAAAAUGAAUGAGUUUUUCCAUUCAUGUAAUAAUAGUAAUGAAAAGAAAGAUAUAACUAUGAAAAAUGGGAAUGAAGAAAAUAUUUUAAGCAGUAAUGAUAACACUUCAUGUAGUCACAAUGCUGUAGAUUGUACAUGUGAUAGUGAAGGCUUUCUUAAAAAUAAGGAAGAGUCUUUAAUAGAACCAUAUUGUGAAAGUAGUAAGGAUGUAAAUGAUGAGUACAAUGCUAUAAUUGAACGUGCCUAUUACGUCAAUUGUGAUAACAAUGACAAGAAUAAUACCAGCCCAACUGGUUCGAAUUGUGUAGAUGAUACAAAGGAUAGAAGUGGCUGCCCGCAGAGUGUUGGCAUAAAUAACAGAAAUGGGAGCGAAUAUGGAAGCGAAUUUGGAAGCGAAUUUGGAAGCGAACGCGGCAGGGAUGUUUCAACGAAUUAUGAAAAAAAAAGCAAUUUAUUAAAGUUAGAACACCAAGACAGAUUUGAUAUGUUUAAAACAGAUGCAGUUAAUUUGCAGCACAGUAUUUCAGUAAGUGUCAAUCCUAUUGAUGUAAACAAUUACACACUUUUUAAGAAUGCAAGAGUGGAAGAAAUAAAUCAGGAGAGAGUACAUGAAUUUGCUAAUAUAGAAGUGUCUACUAAAAGUGAAGAUUAUCAGAAUAGGAGCAAUAAUGAUAAUAAUACUGUACCUGUUUUAAAAAAUAAACAAAAUGAAAAUAUGGUGUAUGAUACAUGUGGAAAACAAAACGCAAAUAUCCUGUACGGUACAUAUGAAUUACCAAAUGAUGACAUACAUAACACAUGCAAAAAUGAUUACACAGAGGAUGAUACAAUAUAUAAAGAACAGGGUCCUCCUUGUGUUAAUAAUAAACACAGGGAAACUUCUGUAGAAGUAGAAGUAGAACCGAGUUUGAGUAUAAAUAUUGGUGAAGCAGUAAUAGGAACUAGGGAGGAAUGCUGUACUUUUUUUCCAGAUGACUCUGAUGAUAAGUUUACCACACCGAAUGAUAUAAUACCACCACCUAUUGAUGAAGAAGGAGGAAUAUAUUGCUUAAACUUAAAUAGUAGUAGUGAAGAUAGUAAUAAUUACAGUAAAAAUAAUAGUAUCAUUCAUAGUACUUGUGGUAGUACAAAUAAAGAUAUAAUGCUAACAAAGAGUGUUGUCCCUUCAAGUACACCUAAGAAGAGGGAAAAUACUCAGGAAAAAAUGAAUUUCUUAGAUAGGAAAAAAAAGUGCAUUUCUGUUCAUAAUGGAAAUAAUAAUAAUAAUAGUAGUAGUAAUAAUAAUAGCAAUAGUAGUAAUAAUAAUAGCAAUAGUAGUAAUAAUAAUAGCAAUAGUAGUAAUAAUAAUAGCAAUGGUAGUAAUAAUAAUAGCAAUAGUAGUAAUAAUAAUAGCAAUAGUAGUGAUAAUAUUAAUAAUAGUAGUGAUAAUAAUAAUAGCAAUAGUAGUAAUUAUAAUAAUAAUAGUAGUGGUAAUGGUAAUAGUAAUAAGAGUAAUAGUACUAGUAUCAGUAGCAGUAGUAAUAAUAAUAUCAUUUUAAAUAAUAGUUAUGAACUAAAGAAUAAUAAGAUCCUACCUGAUAACAAAAAUGUAGCCAUACAGAGUCAUGUGAGCAUAUUGGCAAGAAAUAAUAAAAAAAAUACAAAUGAUAUCCAUUCAUAUAAUGUAUUAUGCACAAAUGCACAUGUGCACAAUUCAGAAAUGAAUAAUAAAGAAAACACAUUAGUAGAAGGGACAAGUAACGACGUAUUUGCUACUAUUUCUGAUUCUGGUGCAUGUACCACUUUUAACGAUCCAAACGAAGACACAAAUGAUGGUCAGAAUGAGCACUUCCAAGAUUCUAGAAAUACUAUUGUUUUUUUGAAAAAAGAAAACAUGAAUCUAGAAAAGGAUCAAGGACCUAAAAUUAUUUUUGAAAAUGCGAUUGACGAAUGUACUACGUUAAUUUUACAUAACAACCACGAAUAUUCUGAUACGGAAAAUAAUGAAAAAAAAAAUUUUAAAAAUGAAAAAAAAGUUUAUGAAAACGGAGAUAUUUUUUAUAAAAGUAAUUGUUCCACUAAUUUUGAAACGCUUGUGUAUAACUUGAAUUAUAGUGACAUACUGAAUAAGAAGCAGGUGAAUAGCUCUCAGAAAGAUUUAAACUCUUACACUCACAGUAACAUAAACGUGGGUGAAACGUUCUCAAGUAGUGUUAGAAGCAGUAGUAAUAAUAUCGCUAACACGACCACUACUUCUAACACGGCCACCACUUCUAACACGGCCACCACUUCUAACACGGCCACCACUUCUAACACGGCCACUACUUCUAACACGGCCACUACUUCUAACACGGCCACUACUUCUAACACGGCCAAUACUUCUAACACGGCCAAUACUUCUAACACGGCCACUAUUUCUAACACAGCCAAUACUUCUAACACAGCCAAUACUUCUAACACAGCCAAUACUUCUAACACUGCUCACACUGCCAAUACGACCAAUAUGUUUAGAAGCCCGCAGAAAAUUUUUAACGAACUCGCACACAUCAACGAUAACGAAGAAAUGUUUAGUCUGAAUGCACGUUAUAAAGGCACAGAGGAGAAGAACAAUCUCAUCUCACUAUGCUUAAAUGAAUCUUUUGAAAAUGAUCCAAACUUUGUUAAUGAACAAAGCAACCCGAAAAAUGUGCAGGGGGAGAGUGAUCUGGAUAAUAACAAUUUGCCCAACUGUGUAAAUCCGUCCAACUGCGUAGUUACUGCCGGCCACGCCAUUAACCCGCAGUGUGACAAUAAGGAUCAAUGUGAUUAUUACAUGAACGAUAACAGCCUUAUGAACAACGGGCAUGAAGUGUAUAUAAGCAAAGGAGUCCUAAGAAAGGAAGUAAGCGAUGAGAUAGUAAUUGGAGAUACCACAAAUGGAGAUACCAUAAAUGGGGAUACCAUAAUUGCCGACACUGUAAUGGCUGACCCACAUAGCGUUAGUUGUUCUGAUUUGAUGAAUAGAGAUUUUAUGGAAAGAAAACAGAGUGAAGAAACGGUAAUGCAUGAUAUGACAGAAGAGAAGUUAAUGAAUAAUAUGAGUAAAUUGAGUAAAGAAAUAAUUAUGAAGAAUUUAAGUGAAGAUACAAUUAUCAGUGGCAUAUACAAAGAGAAUGUUGAUAUGUUGAAUAAGGAUAUGUUAAUAAAUAAAAUAGAUGAAGAGAAUAUUAUUCGUGUUAUGGAUGAUGGUAGUAAAGAAAUAACAUUCGACGAUAGGGAAAAUCAACACAUGAUGUGUUGUCAUAAUUUGUCUAGCGGUACGAAUGAUAACAAUUUGGCUAGCAGUCUAAACGAUGAUAAUUUGGAUAGCAGUUUAAAUGAUGACAAUUUGGCUAGCAGUAUGAAUGGUCAUAAUUUAAUAGAUGCUAGGAUCAAAGGAAACCUAAGGAGUACCGUGAACUCCCAAAAUGUAAUGAGAAACAUGAACAGGCAGAAUUUACUUGUAAAUGCGGAUAUGCAACAGAUGAGCAGUGGUGAGAACAGUGCGAAUAGUGGAAACAGUGCAAACGUCCGACUGAACAUGAACGACGAAGGGGUGAACGAUAUGACUGAACUGAAUGAUACUUACGGUAGCGAACUGAACAAUAUAACCGAACUGAAGAACAUAGAAGAACUGAAUAACAUAGAGGAGCUGAAUAACAUAGAGGAACUGAAGAACAUAGAAGAACUGAAGAACAUAGAAGAACUGAAGAACAUAGAGGAGCUGAAUAACAUAGAGGAACUGAAUAACAUAGAGGAACUGAAUAACAUAGAGGAACUGAAUAACAUAGAGGAACUGAAUAACAUAGAGGAACUGAACAAUGCGUACACUGAUGAGGUGAACAACAUAGAGGAACUAAAUAACGUAAAGGACAUUCCGAAUUAUAAUAGUAUAUGUUAUACAAAUGAUAAGUACAUGCAAUGGUUUGAUACUAUAUAUACAGUAUGUGUAAAGCUAGAUGAUUUGUGUUGUAAACUAAGUAACGAUUUCCCUCAUGCAAUGAAUUUGUGGAUGAAUAAUGGACAUACAAAUACUAAUGAGGUAAAGUGCAAUUUUCAAAAAUAUGACGAUGUAAGGUUAUAUUAUAAUAAUAAUAAUAAUGAAAAAAACAAAACAGUAGUCAUAAAUCCAAGUGGUCCAAAAAAUGUAUACAAUAUUCAUCCAAGUAAUAAUAACAAGAAAGGGAGUGAAAACAGUAGCUGUGAUAAAUAUUUUAAUUCAAAUAUUACUAGUCAGAAUGAAGAAAAAAUAAAAAAAUUAAAUAACUAUGUAAUGGAUACCAUGGAAAGAAACAUGUCUUUACAUUGUAAAAGUAAUUGUAAACAUAUGAAUCAUAUGAACGCUAUGAAAAAUCAUAGUUUGAACGAUAACUAUUCUAAAAAUAUGUUAGAUGAUGACGAUUAUUUUAAUUGUGAUAAAUGUAUAAAACGACCUAGAAGCAAAAACGAAAAAGGAAUAAUAAUUCUCAAUACAACAACGCCUAGUGAUUACAUCUCUAAUGAUGACAGUAUAAUUUAUAAUCAUACAAAUUCAACAAAUUAUUUGCAAGAAGAGGGAAGUAUUAUGAAUUAUGAAAAGGACAGUUGUUCCAGGAUGCACAUAGAUGGUAGUAGUAAUAGUAGUAGUAGCAGUAGCAUGAACAACAUAAUUUCGAAAGACGCUUUAGAUCUCUUGCAUAUAUAUGGUAGUAAUAAGAAUAGCAGCAGUCAUCACAACGGCAGUGGUAAUUACACUCAUAACAACAGUAGUAGUAAUGCCAGCAAUAAGUUCAAGAAUCAACUCUAUUUUCAUCCAAAUCAUUAUGGCCUUAUGUCAACCAGCACUAACAACAUAUUAUCUCUUAACAAUAACAGCUCGUCUGUGAACUGUAAUUUAGUCCAUCCCAUAAAAAACGAAGGUAUGAACAUUCCAAUUGGAAGUACCGGAACCGGAAAGACAAUCAGCAAGAGUAUUGGUAAGAAUAGCGGAAGAUACAAUGGAAAAGGUAAUAACAAUAAUGGUAAUCGUGUUAGAAGUAACAACAUUGGAAGCAAUGACAAUAACGACAGCAAUAAUGGAAGCAAUAAUGGAAGCAAUAAUGGAAGCAAUAAUGGAAGCAAUAAUGGAAGCAAUAAUGGAAGCAAUAAUGGAAGCAAUAAUGGAAGCAAUAAUGGAAGCAAUAAUGGAAGCAAUAACGACAGCAAUAAUGGAAGCAAUAAUGGAAGCAAUAAUAGCUUGUUGAACUACACCAAUGGACAAGACAUGCAUGGCAAUUUUUCGAAUGCAAAUCUAGGGACGAAGAAAAAAAAACAAGGCAAAAAAAGCUCAACAUACGUUAAGAGCACAGAAAAAAAAAUAAACAAAAAAAAUAGCACAUUAAAUAGAAAUAAUAAUAAAAUAAUAAAAAAUGAAAGUGAAUUUGAAUACCUACUUGAAUUGUCUGAUAAGGAAGGACCAAAUUUAGAAAAUCCAGAAGACCUCAAAUGUGAUGUAGCAGGUGUAUAUUGGGAUAAGAGAAGUUGGAUUGCCUCCUGGUAUGACAAUGGAAAAAGAUAUUAUAAAUCAUUUUCAGCGAAAACACAUGGUUUUUAUAAAUCUAAAUUUUGGGCAAUUAAAGUUCGCUUAUCAAAAGUAAAGGGACAAACCAUCUUUGGAAAAAACACAAGAAAAGCGAAGACGAAUAUUCCGGCCGAUGAAAACAACUUACCCUUUAACACGUCUACAGUGAAUGAUAAUCAUAAUAAUACCAACAACAGCAGUAACAAUAGGGGAAAUUUUACUGGUAACUUCAACAGUAACUUAAGCGCAAACAAUUUUAGCGCCAAUUUAAGCGAAAAUUUUAGCGGCAAUUUAAGCGAAAAUUUAAACGGAGAAUUAAGCGGCAAUUUAAGCGGUAAUUUAAGCGGUAAUUUAAGCGGUAAGAAUAACCUGAGCAGUAACAACAACGUUAACUGUAACAACAGUAACAUCCCUUUGAGAAAUGUGUAG